GCGGAUUUAUUUUCAUCAGAGUUCACAAUUAAAUCAAAUUUAUAAUUGCAAUAUCGAAAUGGCUGAAGGCACAUACGAAUAUGAGUGUAUGCGGGCUGAAUUGUUAGGCAUUGACAAGCCUAAUGAGGAGGAAUUCGAGAAGGCGCGCGCUGAGCGUUUGCGACGUGAACAGGAGGAGUUAGAGGCCGCCGAGGCUGUGCUACUAGAACAGCAGGAAGACCAAAUGCGUAAUGUAGGCGGUCGUUUAGAUGAGUUGAAUACGAUAUUAUCAUCUACACAACAGAAGUUAAAUCGCUUCAAGCAAACAGCUUGUGGUAGUCUAUCAAAUAUUUUUAGCCGUGGCUCAGUAGAUUUGGUAGAUGGCACACCUUCCACCUCAGCGACAGCCAGUCGACGUAAUACCACCGCGACUGGAGGCAGCAUUAGUGGUCAUCAAAAUGAUGACAAGGAGGACUCCGAUAUAAAUAAUGCUUCAGAAGAUAACGGUGAUGAUGUGAAAGAUCAGGAAAAUGCGAGUGAUAUUAAACCCAUUAUACCAACGGAGAAAAUUAGGGCAGCAAAAAUUGAUAUACAGAAGAAAAUGACUUCACACUUAGACAAAUUAGAUUCAUUAAUUAACAAGGCCGACAAUGCGGAAAUAUCAAUGUCCGAGCAAACAAAACAAAUGAGUCGUAUGGCAAAGUAAAGUGUUGAGUGAAUUAAUAGGGACGGCAGACAAACUAGUAGACUAGCAAAGAUUAAGGAAUUUAUGAAUGGUUAGUACAUUUCAUUUUAGGCUUAUAAAGUGUUGCGAUGUACGAAGGAAAUCAUUUAUUUAUAUUACAUUAAAUUACAGACACUUUUAAUUGUCAGUUAGACUUUAAAGCAUUCAUUUUUAUGUAAGUUAUUCAAAGCUACACCAAAAUGUGUGCAGGAUAUCCGGGAUAAAGUAAAAAAACAUUAAAUAGCAUUUAUGGCAGAAAAAAGAAGUUAAAAAAACAUUACACCAUUGGAUCAAAUAAUAUUUUGUCUGCAUGAGCAAUAUUAAUAUUUAAUGUGCUAGUUAAUAAAAGGCUUCAAAAGCAAAAUAAAAAUCGAAGUAAUAAUUGUAUAAGAUAUCCAUUACCAACAAUAGAAAAACGUAAACUUCCCCGUAAUUAAAUAGGUUUAACACAAAUAUGACACCAAAGUAUGAAAAUACAUACAUUAACACUAUAGUCCGAAUUCCUAAGCGAAAACAUAUACC